CGGAGCGGCUCAUCUUCGAUCAGGCAUGGACCAGAAGUCCAAGCAAGAUCCUUCUCAUUUUCACGAAAGAGGACAUAUUUUUGCACCGACCUUGUUGCCGUUCAUAAAACUAUGAACCUGUGCCUUUUCCAACAAAUCAACUAAACCAAUUUUAAAAUUAAGUCAAGAUGGAUCCAAUGGACGAAAUUUUCGGUGGUUGGGACGGAUUCUAUGGAAACGAGGACAUGUACCUUUACUCGCAUUGGCGUUCUUGCAGUGAGAAGAGCGAUGCCGCCAAGGCCCGUGAAGGCGAGGCCACUGGCAAGUUCGAGGAGCUUCGCAAGAAGGUUGAACGCGCCAUGAUCAACAACAAAGUCCAUCUAGUCCAUCUCGGUUGCAAGGCAGGGUCGGAAUCUCUGUUCGAGAGUUUGCCCACCGUGUCGAUCGAUCACAUUCUCGACUUUGUCCGCGUCAAGCCAGUGCCGCACGAUUCGAAUUCUACUUCUACUUCUACGCGUCCUGCGGCUGCCGCUCGUCGUCAACCCGCCGCCGCUGCUGCGUCCUUGGAGGACGACGACGACGAAGAGUUGGACUUGGACCAGCUGUACAUUCCCGGAAACAAGAUUGAAGCCAAAAACCUCAUCAAGCCCAACUGUCAUCUCACCGGACCGUCGUGGAGAGACUUUAGUCGCGCCGUGCGGGCUCACGAAGGUUGGAACGUCAAGCGACGAGUGGCCACGGCAGCGCAAAAGAAGGCGUACAAGGAAACGCGUCAGGGUAAAGUCUACUUUAUCGAUGCGAUCUACACGGUGCCCGGUGGCGCGGCUCCCAAGAAGAAAAAGGCCAGCACCAAGACAAUGGCGGUGGACGCGAAACUUCCCGCCAAGAAGAAGCAAAAGAAGACACACAAGAAAAAGGAGACACAGAAGAAAGAGUAAGAAAGCCACAAAGAAGACUGUGCAGAGUGGUCGAUUGGGAACGUCCACAGCGGCUGGGCUCGCAUGUUUUGUUUGUGUUUUGGCCCCCGAUGAUGCUGAGGACCUCGC